AUGAAGUUCGGCAAGAAAUUGAGACACCAAAUUGACCAGAGCUUGCCCGAAUGGCGCGAAAAGUUUCUAACUUAUAAGGAAUUGAAAAAGCUCGUGAAAUCAAUCUCCAUGAGCUCGCGUACCUUAAACAAGUCAUCCGACUAUGUGAUAGACGUAGAGGCUAAGUUCACGUGCCUUUUGAACCAUGAGAUCGAAAAAUUCAAUGCCUUCUUCGUGGAACAAGAAGAGGACUUCAUCAUUCGGCAUAAGAUACUAAAAAAGUACAACAAAAGAACGGGCGGAGUCUUGCGGCUGCCCUUCAUACAAAAAGUCCUUCAACAGCCAUUUUUCACCACCAAACUAUUAUCGAAGCUUGUUAAGGAGUGUGAAGCCACCAUAGACACGGUUUCGCCGACGUUUGAGAACAUUGCCGGAAUAUUCCACGCCAAAAUGGAUGUUGUGGCGGUGCCGCCUGCCGGAGAAUGGAUAUUGAGGAACACAGUGGCGGCGCUUCUGACGAUGAAGGGGAUGAGAAGCGGGAGCUCGACUUACGGCCAAUUUUCUCUUCCGCCUCUCAACUUGCCCGAUUUUGACGUGAUCGAGUCGUUGCAAUUUGAAUUUGGUUUCCCUAUACAUAUUCCAUGA